AUGAGCACUCCCCAGCGUAACCUCCCACCAGGGGAAGACACGCUGCGCGAGCCCCGCGCGCGCGUUGUCCAGUGCGUCGCGCCCCCUCCGCUUGGUGUGCGGCCCGAGGACAGGGGCACCAUCCUCCCGCCAGUGGCGAACAAGCCGCAUGUGCUCAUCGCGUACUGCGACCGGUGUCGAUGGUCGCCUCGCGCGAGCUGGACCCAGACCGAGCUCUUCCUCACCUUCCCCCCGCCGCUAAUCGGCUCCAUCACGCUGCAGCCGCUCAACACGCCCGAGACGGGCGGCCAGUUCCGCGUCUGGAUCGACAUGGGCGUGAAUCGGUGGCAGCUGGUGUGGGACCGCAAGACCGAGGGUGGCUUCCCCGAGCUCAAGGUGCUCAAGCAGCGCAUUCGCAACAUUGUUCAGCCCGACAUGGGGCUCGGACACUCGGACGUGAAGGGCAAGGCGGCCGCCGAAGGGGAGGACAGCAAGGCCGAGGCUGGAGGCAAGGCCGAGUGA